UCCUUUAACUCCCCCCUCCUGGGCUCGGGACUGGUUUCCUCCCUUAGCCCGCUGCCCUCAAUCCCGGCGAGGCUGGGGCUCCAGCUCGGUGUCUCCUUCUUCGCUGCCUUGCCUGGCGCCCCAUGUCGCCCCCGCCCGGCCCUCGGCUCCCCAUGUCCCCCACGUAGCCGGGCGCACAAAUCCCGAGGUGCGGCGCGUGGGCCGGGGGCGCAUAGGGCGCCUGCAGACGGCCUCUGCAAGGGUUCUUGUGGGGCUGAGCGCUCUGGAGCCGGGGCGCAAGCAUCGCAGAAAAGAGGGUCCUUGUGGGAGCUGGGGGUGACUAGCCACCCACCAGGGUGACUGGGGCUCCACAGCGUGGUAGCCACCCCUGGGGGUGAGAGACUUUGGGGGAGUUGGUGCCCCGCCCCCAGGCCUUGGUAGGGUCAUGGGGGCCCCCCAUUUUGGGCCAGGGGGUGUGCAAGUCGGGGCCCUGCUGCUGUUAGGUUUUGCGGGGCUAGUGUCUGGACUCAGCCUGGAGCCUGUCUACUGGAACUCGGCGAAUAAGAGGUUCCAGGCAGAGGGUGGCUACGUGCUUUACCCUCAGAUCGGGGACCGGCUAGAUCUACUUUGUCCCCGGGCCCGGCCUCCUGGCCCCCACUCCUCUCCUAGUUAUGAGUUCUACAAACUAUACCUGGUAGGGGGUGCCCAGGGCCGGCGUUGCGAGGCACCCCCCGCCCCAAACCUUCUUCUCACAUGUGACCGGCCAGACCUGGACCUCCGCUUCACCAUCAAGUUCCAGGAAUACAGCCCUAACCUCUGGGGCCACGAGUUCCGAUCCCACCACGAUUACUACAUAAUUGCCACAUCAGAUGGGACCCGGGAAGGCCUUGAGAGCCUGCAGGGAGGUGUGUGCCUAACCAGAGGCAUGAAGGUGCUCCUGCGAGUAGGACAAAGUCCCCGAGGAGGAGCUGUACCCCGAAAACCUGUGUCUGAAAUGCCCAUGGAGAGAGACCGAGGGGCAGCUCACAGCCUAGAGACUGGGAAGGACAGCAUACCAGGUGACCCCAACAGCAAUGCAACCUCCCGGGGUGCUGAAGGCCCCUUGCCCCCUCCCAGCAUGCCUGCAGUGGCUGGGGCAGCAGGGGGGCUGGCGCUGCUCUUGCUGGGCGUGGCAGGGGCUGGGGGUGCCAUGUGUUGGCGGAGACGGCGGGCCAAGCCUUCGGAGAGUCGCCACCCUGGUCCUGGCUCCUUUGGGAGGGGAGGGUCUCUGGGCCUGGGUGGCGGAGGGGGGAUGGGGCCUCGGGAGGCUGAGCCUGGGGAGCUAGGAAUAGCCCUGCGGGGUGGUGGAGCAGCAGAUCCCCCCUUCUGCCCUCACUACGAGAAGGUGAGCGGUGACUAUGGGCACCCUGUGUAUAUUGUGCAGGAUGGGCCCCCCCAGAGCCCUCCGAACAUCUACUACAAGGUAUGAGGGCUCCUCCCACUUGGCUCUCCUCAAUCCAGCCGCCCAUGGGGUGCUCCUCCAGUGUAAUUCAUGGUAUGAGGGACACCUGCGCCAUGAUUUGGCCCCCUUUGCCCCACCAGCUCUUUGGCUCCUCCUGGCUAUAACCUUCAUCUCCAGUGUUAGGAUCCCUUAAGACUACACCUCUUCCUGCCCUCCCCAACGACCCCUUUGGUUGUGGGCACUCCUCUGUCUCUGCCUCUUAGGGGAGGGGGCACAGGCUCAGCCUCCCUUAAUCACUACACAGGUGUCCUUUCUCCCUCACCCACGCAGAGUGGGGGUGGGAAUGGUCUGUCUUUUGGUUGGCACCUCUUUCUGCCUCUCACCGUUUUUCUCUUCUCUCUAUCUCUUAUUCUGUCUCUCUCUCUCCUGUGUCUAGGUCUCUUCUCUUCCUCCUCCCUAGCCUCCUUCUCCUUACAUCUCCUUUUACCCUCUUGGCUUCUUGUCCUUCCUGUGCCUCUCACGUGUCUCCUGGGUUGGGGCAUCAAAGUAUCUUUCCCCUCUGCUCUUGGCCCUUUCCAACUUUUCAUACCAACCGCUUCCCUUCCGUCCGCCAAAAAUGGGGGCUUCUGGGGCAGGGGAAGAUUCUGGCACUCUACCCCCCAGCUCCAGGCAUGGGCACAGGGCCUCUUUCCCUGCCUUUCUGUGUACUUAACUCCAGCCAUUUGGGGAGGUUACUGGGCCACAACUACUACCACGAGAAGAAGUGUCCUGUUGUACCCAGUGGCUGAUAGGAAGACGUGAAACAGUGUGGACAUGAUGGACUGGGUCUGAUGCCGAAUGGGCAGCAGAUAGGAAGUGACUCGUUCCAGACAAGAAGUGACCAGGCCUGGACAGAAAUGGCCUGGGAAGUGGCAGCAGCAGGAACUGGAAGUGCCUUCAUCCAGAACAGGAAGUCGCACUUCUGAAAUAGGAAGUGGUCUGGCUGGAAUUCCAAGUGGCUUAGUCUGGGGAGGUUGUGGGGGUGGGGGUGGGGGCAUGGGAAGUGGAUGGUUCUUACCCUGUGGAGAAAGGGGCAGGAGGAACUAACUUCCUGCUUUAGGAGGAAGCUGGAACUUACCACUGUGAGAGGACAGAUGUGGACUGAGAAUUGUCUUAGUGUUCAGUGGCCCUUCCUAAGGCCCCCUCCCCUUGUGCUCUGUGCGGUUUUUUAGGACAGCUAAGAUGACUGCCACCUGCUGUGGCAGGCCCAAUUUGUCUUGUUCUCCCCUUACUGUACCCCAGUAUAAUCUCUGUUGAUCAACAGGACUACCCCAAGAACCCACAUGUUCUCCCCCAGUAACCAGACGGCUGUCUGGUUCAUGCCUUCCUCCCUUCAAACCCAACACAGCGCCCUUGUUAGUGAAGAGGUGGUCCAUGGACUGGUCUAGCUGAUGGCAGUUAUUAGCACUGGUUGCUGUUUCCAUAGUGACAAGCCUAUACCUCUUCCCGCUCUCUAGUGUGCAGUGGGCUGCUGCCUCAGUGUCCUCACAGCUCAGUGUUAUUAGAUCAGAGCUGCCCUUAGGCACCACGUUGGCCACCUCAAUCACCAGCCAAAAUGGCUGCUUUGUCCACCAGAGGUCAAGUCAUCUCUCUGGCGCUGUAGUUCCCAGCUCCUUCUAGGGAACAGGAAGUUGAUAUUGCCAUUGGGGAGGUGACGGGGUAUGGCCGUCAUCUCAAUAGUUUUACUGUAAAAGGGAAAUUUGAACAACAAAAAAAUAGAAAAAAAAAAAUAAAAAACUUUAAAAGUUGA